AUGAACACGGUGGGUUUGCUCGAUGGAGCAGCAAUAACAUGUACGAAUAACUAUGCAAGUGACGUGAACCCACCAUCGUGCUGCACUGAAGAUCCAACAAAUGUUGGAAAGUGUGGAGAUGCCGAUGGCCCACCCGGAGUAUUCGGGGAAUGUGAGCAUGUGUGCUCUGGCGAAUUGUGCUGGCAGGCUUCAAACCACGAUAUUAUUCCAAACCUGAUGGACAGUGCGUACUCUGUGCAGUCUAGAUCGAGAUCACGUGAAAGGCCAUCAUACGAAGCAAAGCGAUCCCCACUUAGUUUGGUUUUUAGUCAGGCCAAAUCGACGGAGUCCGUUUAUUUGGACGAAACGCCUAAACUGAGAAGGGGAAUGGCAUUUAUGGAGUUCGAAGAUGGAGAUUGUGAACCUGACCACUAUUUGAAAACCCAUGUGGUGCGGUGGAAUGCACCUGAUUGCGGAUUGGGUGAUAAGAAACUGGACAGCAAUUCGAAUGAACGAGGGACCGGUCGAUCGGUUCUUCACUGGCGAGUGCGCAAAAACCGUGUGUUAAAGCAGAACCCAUUCUCGCGCUUCUCCAAAAAAAUCUUCAUGCCCUCGUCCAUCGCACGAGCCGAACCCCAAAAGACCGAGAUGGAGGCAGUAAAUGGCGCAAACGCGUUCCCUUAUAAACAUGCUGAAGAGUUAGCGAUGGAACAUCUGCCCAGUGGUGAUUUGUUUCAUCAAUUCGGGUUCGUAAACAGCACUAGCCGAGCAUUAAACCCAGUUGGAAGGCACGUUUAA